AAAUUAGAAGAAAACUUGAUAAAUUUGCUAUGGAAUGUGAAUUUGCAUUUAGAAAAGGGCAUACUCGAACAUGUGAGAAUGGAUCAGUUUGAAAUGCAACCUGGAUAUGUUAUCACAUCAACUAUUCAAUGCUCUUUAAUUGAUAAUGAUUCAGUUCAUAAUUAUUCUAUGGACUCUGAUAUCAAAAACAAUACACCAAGAUACCAACGAUUAACUGAGGAAAUGAUUAAUAAGGUGGAAUUAUAUCACCAAUGCAAUAUUCAACCUAUUAAAAUAAUUCAUUUACUUGAAAAUGAAUACCCUGAUUAUUAUAUUAAACCACGAACUGCUCAGUCAAAGCUUGGAGAGCAGCAAUAUAAUCAAUUUAUGAAUGAUUUCUAUACUGCUCGAAAUGCUUUACAGGAAAGAGUACAAUCAAUAAGUAAGACAUUAUUCCCAGAAAUUGUUACUCUAUGUGAAAAAUAUCUUACACCACAUGUACUAGCUGAAAUUAAACAACAAAUUGAUGUUUCACGUGAUAAUAUCCAAGAAAUUUGGCACAUUGUUAGACUUGUAGGAUUAGCACAUUUUGAACAGCUUAAUCAAUUUAGAAAAAUUUCAGAAGUUAAAAUAUCAACUAAAAAGUUCCUUCAGGAUUGUAUACAUUAUGGCAAGAGUUAUGGACUAUUACAAACUGCUUUAAAAUUAGCAAUAGAUACUGGAACUAAUGAGGAAUUAAAUCAGUGGUAUUAUCAGUUUAUUCAACAAAAAAAAGAGUUGCAGAAAGCAAAUUCUAAAGUGAGUGAAGAUUAUAAUAGCCAAGAAAAUGCUGUUCAAGUUACUAAUCUAAAAGUUAUAUCAACUAAGGGUCACCCAAGUAAAAGACAGAAAAGUGCCUUAGAAUCAAGAGCCAAAUAA